AUAUUAAUUCCCCCUCGCCGUGGGCCGUGACGUCAGUAUAGGAAGUCAUUGUAGAGCAACACUGGAGCGAUUAGCAGCAAAAAGGGGGAGCCUGAUGUCGAGGAGUCAGCCCUAUGUAUAUCUCUCUAUACGCCUCAACUUUUAACACAAAGUUCAAUAUCCAAACACAAAAAGGGACGUGGACUACGCAGACCCACACUUUGCUUUUCCGUAUUUUCACUGAAUGUAACAUCUUGGACCAUAGGCUGUCUGAGCCGCUUGUAAACGUGGAUUUUGUCUCUCUCCUGGGUUUAUUUGUCAACUGUUUUCUCUCUCUUUUUUCUUUUUUUUUUUUGCUCUUUUUUUUGUUGCUUAAUUUUCUUUCGAACUCCGAGUUCAUUUUGCUGACUUUCUUCUGAUUUGCACCGGAAGAGAAGCAUCUCACUGUUGUUAUGAAGACUUCUUCACUGCUUUCUUAAUAUGGAAGGAUCCAGCGGGUCGAGCUUUGGGAUAGACACUAUUUUAUCCAGCGCCUCUAACUCUGGUAACCCCGUGCUAAUGAACGGAGAUUUUCGGCUCGGCGACAGCAGGACAGCGGAUUUCAGGAGCCAGGCAACCCCUUCACCAUGCUCGGAGAUAGACACUGUGGGAACAGCCCCCUCAUCCCCCAUCUCGGUCACCAUGGAGCACGCCGCCGAUCCGCAUCUGGUCCAGGACAGCCUUCAGCAUCACCACCAUCACCACAACCAGCCGCAGAGUUUGCCGCUGUCGCCUCAGCAGCAGCCGCUCGCCGGGGCCGGCUGCGCCCCGAGGACUGCCACCUCCUCCUUUUUAAUCAAAGACAUUCUGGGCGACAGUAAACCGCUGGCAGCCUGCGCACCUUACAGCACCAGUGUAUCCUCACCCCAUCACACGCCAAAACCAGAAAGUGCCACGGCUCCGGACGGCUUCAGGCCCAAGUUGGAACAAGACGAGAGCAGAAGCAAGUUGGAUAAAAGGGACGACAUUCAAAGUGAAAUGAAAUGCAACGGGACUAAAGAAGAGGGUGACCGGGAAAUCUCCAGUAGCAGAGACAGUCCACCGGUGCGCACGAAAAAACCUCGCAAAGCACGGACAGCCUUUACCGACCACCAGCUGAACCAGCUGGAGAGGAGCUUUGAGCGACAAAAAUACCUCAGCGUGCAGGACCGCAUGGACCUGGCCGCGGCUCUCAACCUGACAGACACACAAGUCAAGACCUGGUACCAAAACAGACGGACGAAGUGGAAGAGGCAAACGGCGGUCGGAUUAGAGCUCCUGGCUGAAGCAGGAAACUACUCGGCCUUACAGAGAAUGUUCCCGUCGCCCUAUUUCUACCACCCGAGCCUGCUGGGCACCGUGGACAGCACGACGGCAGCCGCGGCGGCCGCGGCCAUGUACAGCAGUAUGUACCGGACUCCUUCCACGCCGCAUCCCAGCCUCCAGAGACCUCUUGUCCCGAGGGUGCUCAUUCAUGGCCUUGGGCCGGGGGGGCAACCGGCACUAAACCCCCUGUCUAACCCCAUGCCCGGCACACCGCACCCGCGAUAAAACACGAAAUAAGACGAGAAAAGACGAUGGCCAGAAAACCUGGUUGAACACGUGAUGUGAGUAACUGCAUCGGAACCACAUUGCAGGACUUUUUUUCUCCCGUCAAAAAGACACAUUUAAAGACAUUUUACAGAAGUAAAGGAGGUAUUUAAUAUAGGCCCAAAUAGCCUAAACCCAGUCCUAAAGACUCUCUGUCCGGGCCGAGACAGACCACGAGGACUGCCCAUGUCUGAUUGUUUGUUUGUUUGUCUUUUGUACAAAUACACUUACAUUAGCAAAUAAACUUAUAAAGUUUAUUAGAUGGAGAAGAACGGAAUGAAUAAAGAAGUAAUGAUACUAA